UGCGGUUCCGGGUCGUAGUGCGACUCGGAGCAGCGAGGCUGCUACUCGGCUGGCGGGUGGCGGCGAGCAACGGGGGUAUGGGGGCGAACCCGGAAAGCGGCAGCUGAGCCGGCCGGGAGGAGCGCCAGACCCCAAGGAUUCCGGGAGCGCGGAGGUCGGGGUAGGGGCCGGGAGGCGCGGGGGAGUCAAGCUUUCCCGCAAAGAACGUGUCCCGGGCCCGAUCCGGCCCGUAGUGUGACAGCACCUUCAGGUGUGUCUGUGGACAAGUUUGAGAGGCACUGUACUGUACCAGGCUCCCUUCCACUGGAUCUUGGCAGAUGGUAGGUGAGCCCGUGAAACAAUAUGAAGAGGAGAAAAUAGCCUUUUAAAGAAACUGGCCCACAGAAAGGAUGGCCUUCUUGGACAAUCCAACAAUCAUUCUAGCUCAUAUUCGACAGUCACAUGUGACCAGUGAUGACACAGGAAUGUGUGAGAUGGUUCUCAUUGAUCAUGAUGUUGACCUAGAGAAGAUUCAUCCUCCUUCAAUGCCUGGAGACAGUGGGUCAGAAAUUCAGGGAAGCAAUGGUGAGACUCAGGGCUAUGUGUACGCCCAGUCAGUCGAUAUUACCUCAAGUUGGGACUUUGGUAUUAGAAGACGCUCAAAUACAGCUCAAAGAUUAGAACGACUCCGAAAAGAGAGACAAAACCAGAUCAAAUGCAAAAAUAUUCAGUGGAAAGAAAGAAAUUCUAAGCAAUCAGCCCAGGAGCUAAGGUCACUGUUUGAAAAAAAGUCCCUCAAAGAGAAACCUCCAAGUUCUGGAAAACAGUCCAUAUUGUCUGUACGCCUGGAGCAGUGCCCUCUGCAGCUGAAUAACCCCUUUAAUGAGUAUUCCAAAUUCGAUGGCAAGGGUCAUGUAGGCACAACAGCAACCAAGAAGAUCGACGUCUACCUCCCCCUGCAGUCGAGCCAGGACAGACUGCUGCCAAUGACCGUGGUGACAAUGGCCAGCGCCAGGGUGCAGGACCUGAUCGGGCUCAUCUGCUGGCAGUACACAAGCGAAGGACGGGAGCCGAAGCUCAAUGACAAUGUCAGUGCCUACUGCCUGCAUAUUGCUGAAGAUGACGGGGAGGUUGACACAGAUUUCCCCCCGCUGGAUUCCAACGAGCCCAUUCAUAAGUUCGGCUUCAGUACUUUGGCCCUGGUUGAAAAGUAUUCAUCUCCUGGUCUGACAUCCAAAGAGUCACUCUUUGUUCGAAUAAAUGCUGCUCACGGAUUCUCCCUUAUUCAGGUGGACAACACAAAGGUCACCAUGAAAGAAAUCUUGCUAAAGGCAGUGAAGCGAAGAAAAGGAUCCCAGAAAAUUUCAGGCCCUCAGUACCGCCUGGAGAAGCAGAGCGAGCCCAACGUCGCCGUGGACCUGGAGAGCACUUUGGAGAGCCAGAGCGCCUGGGAGUUCUGCCUGGUCCGCGAGAACAGUUCAAGGGCAGACGGGGUUUUUGAGGAGGAUUCGCAAAUUGACAUAGCUACAGUACAGGACAUGCUUAGCAGCCACCAUUACAAGUCAUUCAAAGUCAGCAUGAUCCACAGACUACGAUUCACAACCGACGUACAGUUAGGUAUCUCUGGAGACAAAGUAGAGAUAGACCCUGUUACGAAUCAGAAAGCCAGCACUAAGUUUUGGAUUAAGCAGAAACCCAUCUCAAUCGAUUCUGACCUGCUCUGUGCCUGUGACCUUGCUGAAGAAAAAAGCCCCAGUCACGCAAUAUUUAAACUCACGUAUCUAAGCAAUCACGACUAUAAACACCUCUACUUCGAGUCUGACGCUGCUACCAUCAACGAAAUCGUGCUCAAGGUUAACUACAUCUUGGAGUCACGAGCAAGCACUGCCCGGGCUGACUAUUUUGCUCAAAAACAGAGAAAACUGAACAGACGUACAAGCUUCAGCUUCCAGAAGGAGAAGAAAUCAGGGCAGCAGUGACACCGGCCUCCAGCUGCCAUCUGCCGUAGCUCAGAGCCUGCCUGCCAGGGCCAGGUCGCCCUGGAGCCCACCCUGUGUCCUGCAGUCUUCGUGGGGAGGCCAGCCCCUGGCUCAUGGGCACAGGAAUGGUGGGCAGCGCCCCUUGGAACGGAGGGGGGGACAUUUCCAUGGGACCGAAGCCUGAGUGGCAGUGGCUUUGAUCAGCAGUGCCCGGGACCCAGACAACACGGGAGGAGCCACCUGCCGCCUGGCAGCCCCGCCUGAGGGUGGACACAGCCACGCCCAGACCACUCCUCGCCACUUGAUCCAAUUUCUGAAAACGGACGAAGAACAAAAAUGUACAUUUCUUUCUUCCUUUUAAUAAACAGGUGUACUCUUUA